AUGAUACCAUCUUUCAUGGAUUCUCCAAAACGAAAACGAAAUAAUCUCCAGGCUCCAACCCCUCCGGAUUCCUCGCCUAUGCGUCUAGAGACCUCAAUGAAUUUUCCUACCUUAACUCCUGAUGAAGCUGGCCAAGGCAGUCCACGCACAAAGGUCGCAUACCAUUUUCAGGGACUUGCUCUUGAUGGACCUAGUGAUAUAAAGAAACUGGAUCUAAAAAAGAAGGCACAAGAAACAACAAAUGCUGAAUCUACUGCGCGCAAAAGGGUCAAGAUGUUUGCUAGCAAAGAUGUAGAUAUGACUGGGAAUGCAAUAAUGGAAAUUCCAGAGACACCACAAACAAAAGCCUUUAGGCCUGCAAUUGGAGAUGAAAGAAAAGUUGAUCCAAUUAUUCGAGAGAUGGGCAACAAUGUUAGGUUACAUAAUGAGCUUGAUCCUACAAUAUUUCGAGCUGGAUUAAAUGGCAGAGAAGGGAGAGACGAUUUGGGAAGGCCAUAUCCAUCAAUCAAUCGAUUGGCUGAUUCCAAGUCUCGCAAGAAGAGGAUGGGUACACCGCCAUUAUCUAGACCUGAUGAUGCCAUGGAAGAGGAAAGGGAAAUUUUGGAUCCGGAUCGAGCAUCAUUUACAUGGCAUGAUGAUGAGAUUACUGGGCACAAACCAGAUGAUCCAGAUGAUGAUGGAGAGGGAAUUAAUGGAAUUGGAUUUCGACCAACACCUGCCAUUGCUUAUGCAAGGACAGAAAGAAGGAAGCAGCAAAUGGCAGAUUACAGGAGUCGGGAAGCAAGGGAGGCUAGAGCUCGAAGGAGUGAGAGAAGAAGAGGGACGGAAGCUGCUGCUAGAGAGGAGACCGAUAAUGCUGCUAGAAGAGUAAGGUUCUUGGAGUCUGAUACCCAAACUAUCAUUUCAACAUCUUAA